UCCAUCGCUCCACCUAUUAGCCCUUCUACUAUCGGCCAGUGGGCGGCCUGCAGACGCCAUCAUGGCUCUCGACGCUGCCUUAAGGGAGCACCCCGACGCCUGGACUUCGUUAGAAGCUCGAGCCAGGUUAGAAUUGGCAGCAGGUGAAUCAGAAAAAGCCUUAUCGACUGCUAGGGAAAUGUUGACUCUUUGGCGUGGAGCUAAGGAGGCGUGGCUCCGGUCAAGCCGGGCUGGUUCUGCUGGAGCCAUAGGCGAGGAUGAAGAAGAUGGCAUCGGAGCACCGAGCGUGGUGUACGCACAUUCUGCACAACUAUCGGAUAAGGAUUCGAGUUCACUGCAGGCAACAGCGACUGGGGGCUCCUCUUUAGCGGCAGUUAAAGUCGAACGUGCUAUGAGUGAGGCUGCUUCGUCGCUGAGUUCACUUUCUCCUCAGCAACGAUUGCGUGGACAAAGAGCCGGAUCAGGCCCUGAUGAUUGUUUUGGUCCAGUUAAUAAACUUAAGGCUUUACAACUAGGAAUCUGGUUACUUUUGUCGGAGAUAUAUCUGUCAAUGGAUCGACCAGAUUCAGCAGAACAAUGUGUAACAGAGGCAGCUGCACUUAGACCACUUUCAAGAGGUGUCAUGCACGCCAGAGGAUCUUUACUGAAACAUGCAGGAAGGUGGCAAGAAGCAGCAGCAUUUUAUGCGAAUGCUUGUGCUAUAGAUCCUCAGAGUGCUCUCUCUCUCCGUGAACUGGGAAGUGCUCAAUGUGCUUUGGGCAGGCAUAGACUAGCCGAGAAAACGCUAAGGGAUGCCGCCAGGCUAGAACCCCGUGACCCUCGAGUGUGGUACGCCCUCGGUGAGGUUCUGGAGGCGCUCGGUGAGCAUUCGAGCGCCGCCGAUUGCAUGGCAGCCGCGCUUGAAACAGGGCGCUCCGCCCCAGUCGCACCGUUUUCAUCGCUGACUCCUUGCUUUGAGUAAUAAACAAGUCAGAUUGUUUAAAUUAUUAAGAUACCGUUAAUAAAACGCAGGCAGGAGUAUGGAGAAGGGCGUAUAGAUAUAAAUUAGAGUUAUAUAAUGGCAGAAUUAGACUUAAAUUAAUUACAAAUAUAGAACCUGAGUUAUAUUGAAAUGAUGAUAUUGUCGAGGAGUAGUUUUUGUGUCCUAAUAUUGUUGUUUUAUAUAACUAAGGUUCUUUCAAGACAAUUCCCAGUUUUUAUAUUUUGAUGUAUAUAUACAUACUUUCAUUACUAUCUUCCAUAAUUGUUGUCGUUUACAAGUUCUUU